GGCAAGGCGCUCGCGACGCCCGCGGUGCGGCGCAUCGCCCGGGAGGCGGGCAUCGACGUCGCGUCCAUCGCCGGGACGGGCCCCGGGGGCCGCGUGCUCAAGGGCGACGCGCUCGCGGCGGCCGCGCGGACCGGCGGCGGCGCGUUCGUCCCGACGAACGUCGGGACGGCCGCGCCGGCCGCGCCGCCGGCGGCGCCGGCGCCGCCGGCGGCGGCGCCGGGGGCCGGCGCGGCGCCGAUCCGGGGCGUCCGGCGGCUCAUGUUCGACUCCAUGGCCGCGUCGCUCGCGGUGCCGCACUUCGUCUACGCCGACGAGUUCGACGUCGGCGCGCUCGAGGCGGCGCGCCGGGCGCUGGGCUACUCCGCGCUGCCCUUCUGGACCAAGGCCUGCAGCGUCGCGCUGCACCGCUUCCCGGAGGUCAACGCGUCGAUCGUCGAGGACGCGGGCGGGCGGCCCGCGCUCGAGGUGCACGAGAGCCACGACGUCGGCCUCGCCAUGGACACGCCCCAGGGCCUCGUCGUGCCCGUCGUCCGCGACGUCGGGAACAAGUCCAUCGGCGACGUCGCCGCCGAGCUCGCGCGGCUCCGCGACGCCGCCCGCGCCGGCGGCCUCGCGCCCGGCGACGUCGCGCGGCCGACGUUCACGCUCUCGAACAUCGGCGCCAUCGGCGGCACCUACAUGAGCCCCGUCGUGGCGCCGCCCCAGGUCGCCAUCGGCGCCAUCGGCGCCGCGCGGCGCGUGCCCCGCUUCGCGGGCGACUCGGACGCCGUCGUCGCCGCGACGGUCGCGAACGUCUCCUGGGCCGCGGACCACCGCGUCGUCGACGGCGCGACCAUGGCCGGCUUCUCCAACGCCGUCAAGGAGCUCCUCGAGGACCCGACGGCCUUCCUCAAGCACCUCAAGUAG